UACGAGGUUGCGGCAUUUGAUGUUUCGAGAGGCAGAGAUCUUGGUAUCCCUCUCUACAAUGACGCCCGCGCAGGUUUCAAUCUUACGCGUAAAAAAUCGUUUGCCGAAGUCACCUCAAAUGCAGAAAUUGCAGCCAGACUCCAAGCAGCCUAUGGCACUGUUGACAAGUGCGAAGCGUUUGCCUGUGCACAUGCUGAAGAUCACAUUGAUGGCGCCAAUGUUGGGGAGCUUGUCUACACUGCUCUCAUCCGGCAGUUUGAUCGCUAUCGCGUUACUGACCGAUUCUGGUUUCAGAAUUAUUUCAGUGCAGAUGAGCAGCAGACGUUCCGUAAAAGAACCUUUAGAGAUGUCAUUAUCGAUAAUUUGACACCGGAUGAACUACCGCAGGACAUAACAUUUCCAGGAAGCAUUUGGACUGUUUUGCCACCAGUUGAUAAUACUAUCACUAAUGCACCAAAUCCGACAGCCACUGGAAUAACCGAUCCAUAUCCAGGAGACAUGACUAGAUGGCCAGAAUAUAAAAUACGCUUUGGCAUCAAGGAUAAGACCCUACAAUUUUCAAUCACUUUUGCAACUGAAAACGGAAAUGGCUGGUUUGGUAUAGGCUUUGGUCCAUCAGAUGAUGGCAUGACAAACGCCGAUUUUAUCAUAGGCAAGGUGUCAUCUGGUUCGGCCAGUUUAGGGAACUACAUUUCCAAAGGAUACCAACCACCAGUUCUCGAUUCGGAUCAUCAGGACUUUGCGUUGACCAGCACGACACUUAAUGGGACCGUUUACAAUAUUGAAUUCAAUCGACCCAUCGCUGCAGCCAAUCCAGGCAGAAAGGAGAUUACAGAGGGGCAAAUGAAAGUAGUCAUGGCUUUCAACCCUACAACAGACGUUGUUACAUACCACGGAUCCAGAAAUAGAGUUAGACAGAUUGUUGAUUUUACUCUCGGCCAGGUUGUAAACAUACAAGAUGCAGCCAUAGCAGCUUCUCCGGAAAGACAACGGCAGACCAGAUUGGCUCAUGGAAUUGGAAUGGCCAUAAUUUGGUGCAUAAUCUUUCCAAUCUCGAUUUACGUUAUUAGAUAUUACAAACAUACCACGUUUUAUCUAAAGUUUCACAGAAACAUGCAAUUGUUUGGCGUGUUGCUUGUUGGUACAUUUGGUGCUGCUGCCAUUGCUACUAUUGCCAACAUACAAACGAAUCAUGCAAAAAUUGGAUUAGCAGUCUAUAUUGCUACUUUCUUUCAAAUGUUAUUUGGAUUGACUACUUAUUGGUCACUGCAAAAAAGUGAAUCUGUUAACGAAGGUCUUCUCAGGAUUGUUAAAAGAACUCACCGUUAUUUUGGCAUUCUCCUUAUGAUUACUGCAUGCGUAGAUAGGGUUCCUUGGCAGGCAGCUUUGGUCGGUUGUGUAGCUUUAAUUUGUUUAAUUUUCGCGUCGGGUCAACUCUGGAAAUUCAUGGGUGGAAAAUGUCAGUUUAAAGCCUGCACCAGAACUGAAGCAGAAGAAAAAACAGUUGACGUAUUUUUUGAUGGCGCAAGACUUAAUAUGAUGCCUGACUUCACGUGGGAUCAAGUUAAUGAGGGUGUACAGAGAGGAGCGUUUUUGGUUGUUUGUGAUGGAUUUGUGGCAGAUAUUAGAAGAUGGAUUCAUUCACAUCCGGGUGGUGAGAAGAUAUUGCAUCGUGUUAUUGGCACGGAUAUAACUAAUGAUUUUUACAACAUUCACAGAAUAACAUCAUUACCAAAAGAAGAGAUAGAUCCGGACCUUUCCAAAGACAAAAACGACAAGAUAGCAUAUUCAAAAGGAGCCCAUCUUGUGAGCCCUGUGUUAGGAAACUAUCCGCAUCUGUGGGCCCAACAAUCUCUCGACCCUGAACCAAAUCUUCGCAAACGCAAAACGUUGUCUGCAAAAAUUGACGAUUUCAACAUUAGACGUUUCCAUAAAUCAUCUGAGCCGAUCGCCAGACACAAGCACACGAAUUUUGCAGUGAUGCAGUUUGCUAGCAUGGUAAUCGGAAAAAUAAAAGGGGACAGUUACGAUGAACGGAACGUCGAUGCGUCUCCGACGCCAACGACGUAUGAACAGUCAUAUUUUAGACCACAACAACAACCGUACUCUGACGCGGAUCUCAAAAAGGAUACUUCAGCUCGAGUUUUUAAAAGAUAUCAGCUGGUCGACAAGGCAUUGGUAAAUGGAGAUCCGGAACAUCCCGUCAUAAAAUUCACUUUUAUUAAACUUCAUCAGCUGAAAACCCCCAAGAAUGAUCGCAUUAUGCCGGGAGAUUACAUCGAAAUCCAAGCCCGCGUGAAGGGUCAAGUGGUUGUCCGUGCUUACACUCCAGUCGAAGGCCGAAUAUCGCACAAGUUCUCUAUUGUUGUGAAAAUCUAUGAACAUGGUCUAAUGUCUCAGCAUCUAGCUCAUCAAAGAAUUGGGUACGAACUCAAAGUACGGGGUCCAUUUGACUUGUCGGAUCGUGGUGGAGUGACCCAUAUGACACAGAAUGAAUUAUCGACUAUUCUGGGACGUAGGUUUAGUACAACACAUAGUGUAAGAUCGAACCUAUCAAGUGAGUCAAAUACGACAGAUAAAACGGCCCACUUACUGUUAAAUCCGAACAACUUUGACCGUUGUUGGGAUGAAUUGGUUAUGAUUGCCGGAGGAAGCGGAAUUACACCAAUGUUGCAGUUAAUCAAUUACUAUCUAAGCACCCUCGCCAACAAUCGAGAUCGCCACAUUUCUAUGCAUCUACUUUUUGCAAAUAGAAGAAUUGAAGAUAUCAUUAUGGGUCUCCAACUUGAUAGCAUGAUGGCACACUCUCAAGGAGCAUUGACAGUCACCUAUAUGGUAUCCAAUCCACCAACUGUAGGUGCCGAAUGGGAAGGCUUACGUGGACAUAUUAGUACUAGUGUGUUACAGACAUGGUUAUCGCAUCAUGGAAUGAGGACUUACGCGGAUUCUCCAGUGGUGCAGCCCGACGGAAGAGACAGUCCGACUUUGAGAAAUGAUGAACUAUCUGGUCAUUACGAUAGAUUAGACAGUCUGAAAUUAGCUAAUAGUGGUCAAUACGAUAUGUCUGAUCAACCGGAUUUAACUAAUCACGAAAUGGUUAGUAAUUACGAUGGAGCACAAGAAAUUAUCACGACUGACACAGCCUUCCAAUCAAAAGGUUCAACUAGCUCUAAUUCAUCAGGUAGCAUGCGACCUCUUCCCCGAAUUCCAGCCAGGCAACCAAGUUACGCUUAUGGUGGGGUCGGUAGGGUUCCUUCAAGGGGAACUCCAUAUAAUUAUCUUAAGAUACAGAAAAAAAUAGUUGCCUGCGGUCCACCAGCCAUGUUGGAUAAAGUUGGUGCAAGUUUGAAGGAGAUGGGAUAUUCGGAUGAUGAUUACAUACUGCUUUACUGA